GCAAAGGCUGCUGGGGAGAAACGGGAGGUGGGGACGAACCGUGAGCGGUGGUUGCGGGCCCGGCUGGAGGGAUGGGAGAGAGAGAACCGCUCAGCCCUUGAGGCACCGUUUCCUCGGCGCCACGGGGGACGCCACCGGGCCCAGGUCGCCGCUGCCGAUACAGCCUCCCCUCCUCCCCGGGACAGAGCAGCCCCGAGUGAGCCGCUUUGGAGCAACCUCGGAUGUGCCACCCCAGCAGUGGGAGCCGGGCUGGGCAGGCCGAGCUUGAGGGUAAGAAGCGGAGAAGAGGCCCCCCGUUCCCGCCGUAUCUCCCUUGAGGCUUCCGGUGGAAGAGGCGCCACCCAUCCUCCUCGUUCGGCUUCCGAGGAGGUGAAAGUCCAGGGACACCCCCUCCUUCGCUGCUCGUAACUUCUCGACUCCCCUGUCCUUUCUCUGGUAUUCGGCUCAGGGGUGAGGGAAUGGGUGGGCUGCGUCUGUAGGCUCUGUUGCUUUUCAAGGGGAGGACGGCUGGCUCCGUAAUCCCAGGAAAAGUCUCUGAGCCACCCUCGUCUCCUGAAGCUUCCCUGCUCUUAACAGCCUUCCGCAGGAAUAAAAAAUACGCGAGAGAAGAUUUGGGAAGUUCAAGAAAGGAAGAGACCCUAACGUUGAUUAACGGGAGAAGAAAAAGAGGAGCACAUCCCAGCUCCUUCGGGAAAAAAGCCAUACCCUCAGCUUUGUUUUUAUCGAUUUUUUUUUUAAAGUAAUACCAUCGUGACCUGAAGUGAGGUUUCUGUACUGUGCCCUGUUGCUUCCCGCCUAUACAUGCUUCUCCCAGCCGAACUCCUGAAAGGCCUGUGGGCCAGGAUUAGAAAGAGAGGGAGCUGAAGACUUGCUGUUUGUAUCCAUUCUUCUACUCUGGAGAAUUUGACUAGUUGAUAAUCCUUUUCUCAACACGAUAAUGUAUUGCCCUGUAUUGGUUCCUGGGCCGGAGACUUGUUAAUGAAUGGACAUCGUAAUCAAGCUGAAUGGCUGCUGUGCUGUUUGAAAGGUUUUUGGAAAUCAUCAUGCAGAAUUACUGAAAACAGUUGAUAUUACUGGAAUACUUUGGCCUCUGGCAAAGUCUCCUUGUUUUAUCAAAAAAAAUGAUGUGCGAGGUGAUGCCAACUAUCAGUGAGGCAGAGAUUCCCUCAGGGGGAGGUGGAAGCCAUGGUUCAGGCUCCCCCCUACAGUCCGAUCCUGAUUCCCAUUUUGAGCAAUUAAUGGUAUCCAUGUUGGAGGAGCGAGACCGCUUGCUGGACACACUACGAGAGACUCAAGAGACACUAACAUUAACACAGGGUAAACUGCAUGAAGUUGGUCAUGAAAGGGACUCUCUUCAACGACAACUAAAUACUGCACUUCCCCAGGAGUUUGCAGCACUUACUAAAGAGCUCAAUGUAUGCAGAGAACAACUCCUUGAAAGGGAAGAAGAAAUUGCAGAACUUAAAGCUGAAAGAAACAAUACAAGGCUGCUGCUAGAACAUUUGGAAUGUCUUGUCUCUCGACAUGAGCGGUCCCUUAGAAUGACAGUUGUAAAAAGACAGGCUCAGUCUCCAGCAGGAGUCUCUAGUGAAGUUGAAGUUCUGAAGGCACUAAAGUCUCUGUUUGAACAUCAUAAAGCCCUUGAUGAAAAGGUAAGGGAAAGAUUACGAGUAGCACUUGAAAGAUGUAGCUUGUUGGAAGAAGAACUAGGUACUACACACAAGGAGUUAAUGAUUUUGAAAGAACAAAACAAUCAAAAAAGAACACAGGCUGAUGGGAUGCCUGAUGUUAAUCAUGAUCAGGAAAAUACACCUAGCACUAAUGGGAAGAGAUCUUCCAAUGGCUCUCUAAGUCAUGAUGAAGACCUUGCUAAAGUAGUAGAACUUCAAGAUAUCGUUGAGAAGCAAACUAAGGAGCAAGCUCAAAUGAAAGAACGUAUUACUACCCUUUCUAAUAGGGUGGCAGAACUGGAAGAAGAUCUUGACACUGCUAGAAAAGAUUUAAUAAAAUCUGAAGAAAUGAAUACAAAGCUGCAAAGAGAUGUACGAGAGGCCAUGGCUCAAAAGGAAGAUAUGGAAGAACGUAUUACAACCCUUGAAAAACGCUACCUCGCUGCACAACGUGAAGCUACAUCUGUGCAUGACCUCAAUGAUAAACUUGAAAAUGAAAUUGCUAAUAAAGAUUCCCUGCACCGACAGAGUGAAGAUAAGAAUAGACAGUUGCAAGAACGACUGGAACUAGCUGAGCAAAAAUUACAACAGACUUUGAGAAAGGCUGAAACUCUGCCAGAGGUAGAGGCUGAACUGGCUCAGAGGGUUGCAGCACUUACCAAGGCUGAAGAAAGGCAUGGUAACAUUGAAGAACGAUUGAGGCAGAUGGAAGCACAGCUGGAGGAGAAGAACCAGGAAUUGCAAAGGGCUCGACAAAGAGAAAAAAUGAAUGAGGAACAUAACAAACGUUUAUCUGAUACUGUUGACAAACUUCUGUCUGAAUCUAAUGAGAGACUUCAGCUUCAUCUUAAAGAAAGAAUGGCUGCUCUGGAAGAUAAAAAUGCUCUUCUUCGUGAAAUUGAAAACGUUAAAAAACAAGUUGAGGAGCUGCAAAAUGAAAAGGAUCAGCUAGUAUUAAACAUUGAAGCACUGAGGGCUGAAAAUGAUCAGAUGCGGAUCAGGGGCUCUUCCUUUCAUCAUAGUCGGUCGAAUUUGGGCAUUGUACCAGAUUUUAGGUAUCCACUAGCACCUGCAGCCAUUAUUGACAGCCAGACAGAUUCUUACAGCACCUCUGUAUUAAGACGUCCACAGAAAGGACGUUUGGCUGCUCUUCGAGAUGAACCUUCAAAGGUUCAGACUCUAAAUGAACAAGAUUGGGAGCGUGCACAGCAAGCAAGUGUGUUGGCAAAUGUCGCACAAGCCUUUGAGAGUGAUGUUGAUAUCUCUGAUGAAGAUGACAGAGAAACAAUAUUCAGUUCAGUUGAUCUCCUGUCACCUAGUGGUCAGGCAGAUGCCCAGACUUUAGCCAUGAUGCUUCAGGAGCAGCUGGAUGCCAUUAACAAAGAAAUUAGACUCAUACAAGAAGAAAAGGAAAACACAGAACAACGUGCAGAAGAAAUUGAAAGCCGUGUUGGUAGUGGGAGUUUAGACAAUCUUGGUCGGUUUCGAUCCAUGAGUUCUCUUCCUCCUCCGUUUACUGGCGGUUCCCUUUCUGGUUCUUCUCCACCUGGCAGUGGCCGCUCUACACCUCGACGAAUGCCACACAGUCCAGCUCGAGAAGUAGAUAGACUAGGGGUCAUGACACUACCUAGUGAUUUAAGGAAGCACCGUAGAAAGUCUCCAGUUUCUAGAGAUGAAGUUAGAGAUGACAAAGCCACAAUAAAAUGUGAGAUCUCACCACCCUCUUCACCUCGAUCUCUGCAUUUGGAUAGGGCCUAUAAAGGAGCGUUGCAUACAGUGAGCCAUGAAGAUAUAAGAGAUCUUAGAAAUUCUACAGGUUCUCAAGAUGGACAAGUAAGCAAUCCCAGCAGCAGCAAUAGUAGCCAAGAUUCCCUUCACAAAGCACCUAAAAAGAAGGGAAUCAAGUCCUCAAUUGGGCGCCUAUUUGGUAAGAAAGAAAAGGGUCGACCUGGACAGAUCAGCAAAGAGAGCUUGGGUCAAGUUAAUGUAAUGGAAGCAGACAGUUCAACUCAGGAUAGCCUGGGACUUGGCAAACUGGGUGCACAAGCAGAAAAAAAUAGAAAAUUACAAAAAAAGCAUGAGCUGCUUGAGGAAGCCAGGAGACAAGGGCUGCCCUUUGCUCAGUGGGAUGGACCCACUGUUGUUGUCUGGUUAGAAUUAUGGGUUGGGAUGCCUGCCUGGUAUGUAGCUGCUUGCCGUGCAAAUGUGAAAAGUGGUGCUAUUAUGUCAGCCUUAUCUGAUACGGAAAUACAGCGUGAAAUCGGAAUCAGCAAUCCUCUACAUCGGUUAAAGCUGCGACUUGCCAUUCAAGAGAUCAUGUCACUGACGAGUCCAUCUGCUCCUCCUACAUCAAGAACGACCACAGGAAAUGUCUGGGUAACACAUGAAGAAAUGGAAAAUCUUACAUCUACUCCACAAACGGAAGAUGAGGAAGGAAGCUGGGCUCAGACCUUAGCCUAUGGUGAUAUGAACCAUGAGUGGAUUGGCAACGAAUGGCUUCCCAGCUUGGGGCUGCCUCAGUAUCGCAGUUACUUUAUGGAAUGUCUUGUUGAUGCAAGAAUGCUGGACCACUUAACAAAAAAAGAUCUUCGUGGGCAACUUAAAAUGGUUGACAGUUUUCACAGAAAUAGCUUCCAGUGUGGCAUUAUGUGUCUGCGGAGAUUAAAUUAUGACCGAAAAGAACUUGAAAGAAGAAGAGAAGAAAGUCAGAAUGAAGUUAAAGAUGUCCUUGUCUGGAGCAAUGAGAGAAUGAUUCAUUGGGUGGUGUCAAUUGGUCUCAAAGAAUAUGCAAAUAAUCUUAUAGAAAGUGGAGUUCAUGGCACACUUGUGGCCUUAGAUGAAACUUUUGAUCACAAUGCAUUAGCUCUUUUAUUACAAAUACCCACUCAGAAUACACAGGCCCGUUCUGUGUUGGAAAGGGAAUUCAAUAACCUUCUUGUUAUGGGCACGGACAGAAAGUUUGAUGAAGAAGAUGAUAAAAGCUUUAGACGAGCACCUUCAUGGAGAAAGAAGUUUAGACCAAAGGAUGUAAAAGGUUUAGCUGCUGGAUCAGCAGAGACUCUCCCUGCAAACUUCAGAGUUACCUCCUCAAUGUCUUCACCUUCUAUGCAGCCAAAGAAAAUGCAAAUUGAUGGCAAUGUAUCAGCAACACAAAGACUGGAUUCUGCUACAGUAAGGACUUACUCAUGUUAAAGCCUUUCAUUGUUUAUCCUCACUAUUUCUACAGAUGAGCUGAAAUGUUUUGAACUCCUCAGAGACCAUAUUUUGGAAACAUGAAAUCUUUAAUCUGUUAAUAAUUGUUAAAUCAACACUUUGAAAUAUUUUAUUACAGAGUUUUUUAAUUAGCAGAUGAAUUUGAGUUCUAUAGAAAAAUAUUUUAGAAUUAAAUGUUUCCUUAUAUUUAUGUAAGCGUUUGUGAGUCUCAUAAUUACUUAACUUUGUUAGCAUUCAGUCUACAAAUUAUUGCUGAUUUGUUAAUUUUAGUAUUUUCAACUGAAUGUACUGUAAUUCCUGUAUGUAUAUGUCCCUAUUAUAGGGUUUUUGUAAAUUAUGCAGCUAUUGUAAUUAUCAAUAAUGUUUUUAAAUAAUAAACGUGAGAGUGAAAAGGAUUUUACUAUCUUUGUAAAGGUAUCACAACACCAAGCAGUAUAUAUAUUUUGCCACUUGGAAAAUGCUAGCUAGCUAGCUCUAAAAUCCCCUCACCCAUAAGCAUAUGUUUGUUAAAAUAGGCAUGGUACCCAGUUCUGUUUCUGUUCAUAUACUGUAUCUUUUACACAUAUCAUACAAUUUUAGUGUGGAUUUAUUUAAGUCUUUUCUUCAAUAUAAUUUGCUUUUCAUAAAGAUCUAAAAUGUGGGGAUCAUUAGGAACUAUGGAACACAGGUGAGGCCUAGUGAGCUCCUUUAUACCUGCUUUUCUCUGCUGUAUUUUGUACAGUCUGUGUUCAUUGACUGAGCAUAAGCCAUAAAUGAAAAUAUUUUCUAUUUACCAAGAAUAGCUUGUAAUAGGUAGCAGGCAACAAGAAGUACUCUCCUGUAUUUUGGUGUGAAAAUGUUUGCUGAAAGAUACUGAUACAAUUCUUCUAAGCGGACCAAUCAUGAUGCACUGCAGUUUCAUGACAGAGAUGCAAUAUGUCUGAAGCAUGAAGUAGUGCAACUUUUAAAAGGCCUUACUUUUAUGUCAUCUUUUGCAUAUAUUUAUAAAUUUAUUUUAAAUUCUGGACAUACUUUUAGUUGUUAAUAUUUUUAACUGCAUCAGUCAUAAGUAGAAAUGCGUAAUUCUUUUUUAAAUAGCACAUUAAGAAGCCAGCAAGGAAUAUGCUCAGAUCGUGGUGCAUUAUUUAUUUGCAAUAAUAUACAGCUUGUGUCUCUCAUUUUUGUUUUCGGCUCUUCUUAAUUGUACAACAGAAAUCUGUGUUACUGUUCUGUUUUUUUUUUCCUAUUAACCUUUUAUGUGUACUUCUGAUUAUGUAACAAAUUAUGUACAGUCUAAAUACUUUUGAACUAUUUUUACCACAGUAUUAUUUAUUGCUUUCUUUCAAUAAAGUACUGAAGCAUUUUUUCACUGCCAGUAAAGUGUGGUAUAUCUUG